AGGCAGAGCCGCUCAGCAGUCCGCUCCAGGUCCGCUGGGUUCGGAUGGGGUCCGGUUCCGAUUGUUUCCCUUCAGUCAGUCUGUGGGAUGUUCUGGUUCUGGUUCCGGUUCUGCUCCUCUUCAGGAUGGGAGCCGCUGGGUCCAAGAAGAGGAACCUGAGGACUGAUGCCUUCUGCUCCGCCAAAGUUCGAGCAGCCAGAGCAUUUGGAGAACAUCUGUCCAACACAAAUCCAGAAAACCACAACGGGGCAGAUCGUCUUUUGUCAGACUCAUUCGCUGGUCAGGACUGUGACUCUCCAGACGUCGGUGGCUUUCAGAACAAAACCCUUCCAACGCACAGACCGCACAAAAGUCUGGCCCUAACUAAGCCCAGCCGCCCCCAUCAGCCCAGUCCCAGGUCAAAUCCACAGGUGCUCCCUCAGGUCGACCCCAUCAGGACUCAAGGCCUUCCAGGGCCCUCAAAACGUCGACUCUCUGUAGAGCGAAGCCUCUCCUCAGAGGACCCACCAAGUGCCAGAGGUUCCCAGGGCAGCGUUGCUCUGAGGCCGUCUAGAGUUUACACAAUAACAAGGGAAGGCAGGAUGACUCUGGGGGGCGCUGGUCGCCAGGAGGCUGUAGAGCUGGAGGUGCUGAAGGGGCCCAGGGAGCCCCAGCCCUCCAACCCUGCCAUCCACACCCAGUCCUCAGCUGCGGCUAUUCGAGGUAGCCACACCCACAGCAGCCAUAGUCGCACUAGCCAUCACCAUAGCAACCAGCUACAAGGGGGCCCUUCAACAGCCUCCCAGCCACUACAGAGCUCCAGGAGUGCCAGCGACAUCGGCGACUGGUGGGUCAGGAGAGGAGGGUCCAGGGAGGACUACAGCCCAGACUGUGUGGCCUGCAUUCGGGCCCCGUGUCAAAGCCAGCGGUCCCUGGACCUGGACUCGUCCCCACAGGAUGGAGAAAAGCACCGAAAGAAGCUGGAGAGGGUCUACAGCGAGGACCGGACGUCCACUGACAACAAAGAUGAGGGGUCUAAUAGCUGGUUCCCCAAGGAGAACAUGUUCAGCUUUCAGACGGCCACCACCACCAUGCAGGCCAUAUCGGCUUUCCGUGGCAUUGCUGAGCGAAAGAGGCGCAAAAGAGAGCAGGAGACAGCCGCCAUGAUGGAGAGAAACUUCCGUAAACAGCUGAGGAUGGUGGGCAGCCGCAGGGUGAAGGUCCAGACCUUGGUCGCCCGCCGAGCCCAGAGCUUCAGCCGCUCCUGGAGUGACCCCUCCCCCGUCCAGCCUGAGUCUGCUUCUGACUCCAGAGACGGUGCAGAGCUGCAGACCUCCUCAGGGACUCUGGAUGAAGGGUUGGGUGAGGAUGCUGAGUGGGAGGAGGAGAGGCUGUCCUGCCAAGGAGAGGAUUUCAUCCCGCCUAAAGUUAUGCUCAUCUCCUCUAAAGUACCGAAGGCCGAAUAUGUUCCCAACAUCAUCCGGAGGGACGAUCCCUCCAUCAUCCCUAUUCUAUACGACCAUGAACACGCCACCUUUGAUGACAUCCUGGAGGAGAUAGAGAAGAAGCUGAGUUCCUACAGGAAAGGCUGCAGAAUCUGGAACAUGCUGAUUUUCUGCCAGGGGGGUCCAGGGCAUCUCUACCUGCUGAAGAAUAAAGUUGCGACCUUCGCCAAGGUAGAGAAGGAGGAAGACAUGGAGCAGUUCUGGAGGCGUCUCAGCAGGCUGAUGAGCAAACUGAACCCGGAGCCUAACCUGAUCCACGUAAUGGGCUGCUAUGUGCUGGGAAGUGCUAAUGGAGAAAAGCUUAUUCAGACUUUGAAGAGGCUGAUGAGGCCUUCAAUUGUUGAAUUCAAGUCCCCGCUGGAGCUGUCGGCCCAGGGUAAAGAAAUGAUCGAGAUGUACUUCGACUUCCGCCUGUACCGCCUCUGGAAGAGCCGCCAGCACUCCAAGCUGCUGGACUACGACGACCUCAUCUGACCCCGCCGGCCCCCAUGAGGCUUUUCAGCCAGUUCUAACCGGUCUGAGCCUGCAGCUGCACGGCGGCGGGGUGGCGGCCAUCUUGAACGACCAUCAGGACUCCGGCUCUGCAGCAGAGCGGCAGCGGCGAGCCAGGAGGCGUUUGUUUCUUUCUUGGACAGGCAGACGGUGGCCUCGUAGAGACGUCUGUAACCGUCAGCCAUUUUCAUUUCUGCCUCCCUCUGGAGGGGGGCGGGAGGAGAGGUCAGCCAUCGUCUUCGCCUGGAUGCGUCAGUGAUGCUGACGGAGAACAGCAGCCUAGCUGUUUCAUUCCUUCAGCAGGACUCAGCUCUCUGAGGCUCCUAACCAUCAGAAGGAUUCCUUUCUUUUCUCAAAGGAAGCAGAAUUAGAUGUAAAUAAAGAGGAUUCUGAGUGACGGCGUCUUAGAAACAGCUUUCAUUUCUACUAAACCUUUAGGUUUGCAAACUAGAAAGUAUAGAUGUAUUUCAUGCAGACUGUUGUCUAAACUCAGGUGAAACCCUUCUGUAGGUCAGAGCUGAAGGCGUUUUUAAGCCCCGCCUCCUCAGAGGAAUAUGGCUGCUCUGCCGGAUGUUCAGACUGAUCAUUUAUUAUCACCUCACAUGAAGCAGGUGCAGAAAAAAUUACUUUGGAUAUUUUAGCAUUUUUCUAUUUAUUAUUCUAGAUUUAACUUGAAUGAAAUGAAGUAGCAAUGAUUAGGAAAGGCAAUACUGUGUUUGAUGUUAGAGCUGUUAUCAAACCGUUUUUAAUAGGAGCCUAGAUUAUAAAGCUGCGUUCACACCAAACUCAGCAGGAGCAGCAAAAACGCGUCUGCUGCUUCCUUUUUGAUGCUCGUACCAGUUUAUUUCUGACGCGCGGCUGAAGCAGCUUUGCUGUUCUGGCUGCGCGGUCGACAAUUUGGUUUGACGCGCGUUGGGCGGAGCUACCCCAUCCUUUCUUUGUCCUGCAGCCAUAUUUGCUGUGACCAGCGGGUAAAAGUAGUUAGAAUCUAUGUUGAAGUGAGAAAGUCCUCCUGAAAACAUGGUCUGUGCAGUCAGUUCAUCCAGAUUACCAUCCUGCCUUCAAAGAUUAUUUC